AUGACCAACUCAAAAGAACGAAAACAGAAAAUUGAUUCGCCAACGACAUCGGCUAUUUGCAAGUGGCAGCAUAUCGGAAAGUCCGAGCUUCUUUCAUGGAUUUCCAAGUAUAUCGGGGAGAAAGUUCGGAACUUUCAUCAACUGCAUGACGCAUUUCACUUUUGCCAAGCUCUCAAUCUGGCUUACAAAAGAAAGUUUCCCAUGUCAAAGAUCAUGCGCAAUGCUCCACACUCAUAUGAGAGACAGAAGAACUUUCUAGUCAUUCAGAACUUCUUCCAUCAGAAAGACGUGAUCUUCAACAUGGACAUUCACAGUCUAGCCUCUGCUCAUCCUGGUCAUAUCUUGAACUUUUUCCGUUUUCUGAAGCAUCAUUGCGAGAGUGUCGAUGCUGCUGACAACGCACUGGAGGAGAUGGAUGGGUCUGUCAACAGCGCGUCUGUAGCGUCUACAUUUUCGAAACCUUCGCCGCCAUCAAUUUUGAGGUCUGACUUUGACCCGCAAUACAUCCAAGAGAUGAAUGCAAGAGACGAGCAUUCUUCGUUCUAUCGCUUUCCGUCAUCUUUUGCAACCAACCCUCCGUCAACGGAGGCCUAUAUGUUCAGUUCGGAGGAAUAUCAGAGGCAUGAUCGCGAGGAGCAUAAGAACGUCUACGGCAGUGAAGCUUUUGACAACAUCUUGAAAAAUCUCAACCCGCAAAGUGCCGGGCCAAGAAGCUUGCCAACUGCAAACUUGAUUCAGAGUGAGAGGACGUUGGGUCAAAAAGUUGUUCAUUCGGUCCCUUGGUCGCCGAUGAAUGCUAUUGGUGCAACGCUGCAAAACUCCAGCUCAAGGUUUUACUUCUUCGAGAACUUGGGGCAGAAUGUGCAAGACGCGAGGGGCGACGGAGGAGUAUCAUCCAAGCAGGAACUCACGACUGAUUGUGAUGCCGAUACCGGCCAAGACUUCAACAAAGUCAUGUUUCAGCAAAUCCAGCAGAGGCGGAUGUUUGUCAAAGACAGCGGACCUGAUUCAUCAAACUCUUUCAAUGGUUUCACAGGCUCUGACGCUCAGGGAAUUUACCUCAGUCAUGAUCAGCAUGCCAUGCUGCUUGACAGAGUGCACAACCCGAUGUCUCCCAGCUUGCUCUCCCGAUCUCGCCAAUCUCCCGCGCUAGCUUCCAUCGACAUGGGGAUCAGAGGAGGGAAGCGUGCCUCUGUUACAUCUCCCUCAGCUCUCAGCGACGAACUUUGCUUCCGAGGACUAUCUGAGGAUGCUCAGACGCCCUACGUGGGUCUCACUGGUCAGAGCCUGGAAACCUUGAUGUUCGCAAGCGAGGACGCCAAUCUCAAGAAUGAGGAAGAGAUGUCCGAAGCUAAGCAACUGCACGCAAAGCUCGACCUGCUCCGCGUGCACCUCCAAGAAAGUCUUUCGAGUACGUCCUCAGACCAAAGCAAGUCCGGAUCAGAUGGCGAUCACGCGCUCUUGGUCUCUGAGCUGCCAGAACCUGUUGAGGAGAGGACCAGGAUUGCUCAUGGGGGUUCGGACUUGGCAAGAGCUCAAGUUCACAGAGGCGGAAGACGAGGAAGUGCACAACAUGGGCAGGAUGUCUAUGCGGAUUCAGCUUUUGCUGUCAUCUCGAACGAGUAUGCAGACAGCAUGCGGGAGUCUUCAUCGGAUGACCAGGAGAGCGUGAAGGCGUUAGGGCGGCAGCAUGACACUCAAGUAUCGCAUGCUACAUGGAGUGCCAACGGAGAAACGAAGUGUACCUCCUACUCGUCCAGCUGCCACAACCACGAAGGGCAGGACGAGAAGGAUCUGUACAAGAUGCGAACGAUCAGUCAGGAGCCUUCACAGUUGCAAGAUCACAUAUCCAGGCUCCGGUCCGAGCUCAACGUCCUCAAGGGAAGGAGGCUGAGCUCGACCAGCCCCGUCGUCAAGAGCAUGUCAUCGACACGGGACUCGCGCUUGAGCACCAUCAACUCAGAGGACUGCGAGGCUGAGACGGCCGACGAGAUGCGCGUGAGGAGCGGGAUGAGCUCUGCACUCUCGGACUCCGCCAGCUUCCCCGAGCGGCGUUGGGGACGCGAUGGUCUACCGUCCAACUGCGAUCAAGAUGCUCUAUGGGGACGAAGCAGCUCGGGCUCUGGCUCGCCUGACAAGUUCUCUGACUCCGACUCCUCCGUGGAUCGGCAGCUAAGGCGGUCAAAGGCCGCCCCCUCGUCUGACUUGGCCGUCGCCUGCCACUCUUGUCAUGUCCCCAGGAGCGGUGAACCGAAGGAGCAGCCCAGGUCCCUCCCGUGCUCGUCGCCUUCCACCACGGACCUCUUGUUCCAGAGUUGGAAGAGACGACACGAAGCCAAUGCACAAAGAUGA